AUGUCUGGUUCCAAAUAUGCUCAAGUAGAAAAUAGAAAUAAUCAAAGACUAGAUGAACUAGCAAACAAAUUGUCAUCUUUUAGAAACAUUAAUAGCGAAAUUGGUGAACAGGCAGAAGCGGAUAAUGCUCUAUUGACCAACCUAGGAGGACACUUUGACUCUUUAUUAAAUAAUAUCAAAGAUUCAUCUACAAGGUUGACAAGGUCCAUGAAUGCAGGGAAAGGCAUAUGGAAAAUGGUUGGUUUAGCGCUUUUGGCCUUCUUUAUUUUUUAUAUUUUGUUUAAAGUUUUCUAA